GCUUGCUCCUGAUUGGCUUUGUUUUAUUAACACGUUUUUAUUUUAAAUUUUAUGCAUAGAAGAGGUGGUUGAUUCAAAAGAAAUGGAAGAUCCAGGUGUUUUAUGUGAUUUAAAAAAUUAUAUACUGGAAUUUCAAUAUCCUCUGGUCGAUAGCAUGAGCGACGAGGAAUUGGCGGAUAUCUUUAAACAAACCAAUCGAGGCUUUUUAAUAUCAUGGAUGUUAAAACUCGGAAUUUACGAUGGGGCAGUUUCCGCGGAAGACACAAAAUUUUUGGGUACAAUUUUAUAUGAAAACGGGUUCUGUACCAAAGAAGAAAUGAUACCUUUUAUGCUGGGUUCUCUGGAUCCUUCGAAACAGUUAAACAUAUUACAAAAUAUGUUUAUUUAUAUAAAGACAAUAAAGAAACAAAAUUCCGAUAAAUUUAGCAAAUUUGUGUCACUGGACGAUAUCGAAACUCUUUCAAAAAAUACUCUAAAUUUGUUUCCCAUGUACGGUGAAAUUAAAGUGUUUGAUAAUGAAAAAUCUUCAGUGAUUAAAACAGAAAACGUUAUCGAAGACUAUAAAUACAAUAUAAGUGAAAAUAAUACUAUUAACGUUGAUGAAAUUAUGGAAAAUAUUAGUUACGGUUUAUCCACAAUGAAAAAUGUAGUAAAAAAUCGUUUAAAGCAUGAAGAUAAUCGAAUAAUACCUAGUCCAGAGGCAGAUAAAAUAUUUAAAAACUGUAACCAGUAUAUGAAACAAGUUUGUCAAUUUUUAAAAGAUAUCAAAACCAUACAGGAGUUCAAUCAAAAUAACCAUACCUUGUUAAUAGAUGAUGGUGAAAUAUCUUCCAUGACUAGUAUGUCAAUGUUAAAUGAAAUAAAUGAAGAAAUUCGAAAAAUUUUGAGGUACAAAGAUGAGGAGGAAAGGAAAUAAAAAGUUUAUUAUUUUCUUAACAAUUUUAAUAUGUAAUAAUUUUUGUAUCUAUCAUUUGUUUGUACAAUAUUUUACAACAAGUUUAGUAAGGACAUUUUCUUCAUCAUUGUAACUUUCAAUUAAAUCAAAAUGAUCUGUAUUUUCCAAGAAAAUAUAUUCAGCUUUGAAUCCCAAUUUUGUAGUUUGUAGGUACAUAUCUUCUGAUUGUUGUAUUAAUUUGGGACUGUCAUAUUUUGCAACUACGAAAACUAAUUCACAAUGACUAGCUUUCAAAUUUUGAUGCAACGGACUCUCUUUUAAAGCAGAUGUUUCGUCUAAAUGUAACAAGUCAUUUAAAGACGAUUUUUGGACAGCUGUUAAAUCAAAUACACCCGAUAAAAGAAACGCUUUCUUAAAUAAGAACUGAUCUUCUACGGGAAGGUUCGGAAGAAAAGAUUUAAACAGCAUAGCUACUAUUUGUCCUCCAGCUGAAUGACCACUUAAGAAAAUUCCUCUAGAAAAGAAAUUUCAUUUAUCUUAAAAUAUAAAAACGAUUUAAAACCAUUUUACUUAGUUUCAUGUGUUUUUGCGUACUCCAAACAAAUUAUCAAUGCUUUUUCUACGUUGUCAGCAAUUUCUGAUAAAGUAACAGUUGGACACAGUUCAUAACCAACAAUUAUCGUUUUAAUAUUAUUAUUAUACAAAUGUUUGGCUAUUAAUAAGUUAUUUUCAGCUGUUACAAUUGAUUCUUGCCAAUAUCCACCGUGGAAAUGGAUAUAUAUUGGGGAACCUAAAAAUUUUAAUAAAACACUAAUAAGGAGGUUUAAAUUGAACAAAACUAAGUAGAAAUUCUAUUUUUUUAAUAACCUACCCCUUGUUCCACAUAAAAAAUUUUAUAUUUAUGGACAGCAAUGACUUUGGUAGCAGUGGGUAAUUUAUAAGUAAUGAUCCCGUAUUUUUUUAAAACACUUUCUCUAGCUCACCCUGUCUAUCUUGGUGGAACUUUAUAAUCCGUAACUAACAUUCUGUUUUGAUGAACUUUCAACCUAAUUAUCCACCAACAUAAAUUGAACUCGAAUUUUGAUUUGAAUUUUUCUUUUUAAUGCACCAAAAAGGUGUUUUUUUUACGAUUUGUUAUAAAUAUUAAUCUUUAUACGAUUGCUCACUUUUGGAUAAAUCGGUUCCGAUGAUAUGAAUUCUUUCUCGCGGUCUUGUCCCAUAUGGUAUAAUAAGUUUGGAAGAAAUAGAUUCCGUAACUUCUUUACUGCCUGGAAAAUUAUUGACCCAAAGUAUAAAUUAUGAAUUUAUACUAUUUCAAAUAAAAAGUUGUAAAAAUCAAAUAAUGUUUUUUUUAUCUAAUUAUUUGCUAGUAUAGAUCCAGGUAAAUACAUAUUAAAAAAAUAAAA